AUGGCGGGGCCUCCAGACCAGCGUCCGCCGGAGACAGUAGGGGUUGCUGCUUCUUCUUCACCGACGCCCUAUUACCAGGAGUGGAUCCUAGACACCAUUGACUCCCUCCGAUCGCGCAAGGCGCGCCCAGACCUGGAACGUAUUUGCCGAAUGAUGCGACGGCGCCACGGGCUAGAGCCGGAGCACACUUGUGUCGAACUAGAGAAACUGAUCCUGCAGCGCGGAGUACUUCGUGUUAGCUACAAAGAUGAGAAGGCGGGGGAGGAACCGGGGCCUGAGAAAGAGAAAAGCAAGGAAGAGAAGGAAGUGUCUGCCCUCUCUGAAGGUUUUGAAGUGUCCAAAGUGUCCAGCGGGCAGCGCCAGCUAAAUGGGGAGACUGCACAGCAGGCCAAGAAUAGCAGGAAAGAGCAGUCGAGGGACUGGAGCCCUUUGGCCUUGCUUAAAGGCAAAACAGAGGGUCAACAGUUAGCCCUUGGAGAUGGCACUCCGAAGCCCUUCCCAGUAAAUGCGGUGAAAAAAGAAGGGAGAGCAGCCUCAGCCUCUUCAGGACUCAAUUCCCCUUUACCAGAGUCAUUCCUUGUAGGGAAGCCAACACUGACUGGUGCCUGUAGAACACCCACUGGUUACAUUUUAGGCAAGAGGGCGAAGGCUUCAGACCCUAUGGAGUGGACAGUGAUGGAUGUGGUGGAAUACUUCACCAAGGCUGGCUUUCCUGAACAAGCCUCUGCUUUCCAGGAACAGGAGAUUGACGGGAAAUCCCUAUUAUUGAUGCAACGCACAGAUGUGCUGACUGGCCUGUCCAUCCGCCUUGGCCCUGCCCUCAAGAUCUACGAGCAUCACAUCAAGUUGCUUCAACAAGAUCACUUUGAAGACGAUGACCCAGAUAAACUCCAUUCUGCAUGUCCCACUUUCCAAGCCAAGUUAGCUGGAAGUGAAAAUAACAGGAGAGAGAAGAGAUACUAAUUUCUUAAGAAGUUCCUUUCCAGAAUUUUUUACAGGCAAGGAAAAUGAGUUAGCACUUACCCCUGCUCCCUUAUCUUUUGUUAGCUGUGUUUGGAAAGAUAUGACAUUCAGAGGUUGUCAUAUUUUAUCAGAGGUCGGUAAGGCAGAGACCAACCUAGGCCUGAAACCAUACCUCUCCCUACUAUCCAAACUUUCCCACCAAUCUUCAGUUGAGGGCACCGUUUUAAAAAGUUGCUGAGGACCAGAAUGGCCUCUAACCUCCCCUUCCUUGUCAUUUUUCUGUCUUACUCUAGUUUUCACUUUAUGUUUGUUUUCAAGAUUAUACCCAAGGAAUUUUUAAUAAAAUUUUUGAAGUUCAA